AUUACUCCAGAGCAAUCGCAGGACAGCCCUAGAAGGAAGUUAAACUCAGAGCAUCUGGAUUCCUGAUCCUUUUCCGACAUGGCAGGUGCCUGUAUAAAAUAUUCUGUGUUUAUCUUCAACUUUGUGUUCUUGGUCUUUGGUACUGCGAUCCUGGCGGUAGCAAUUUGGCUGAGAGAAGACAAAGACGUUCAUGAGAUUCUUGGUACUGGGGGCUUGAACAUUAACCCCUCUAUUGCUGUGAAUAUCUUGAUUGCUGUGGGUGCUAUUAUCAUGAUGCUGAGUAUCCUGGGAUGCUGUAGUACCACGCAAAAAAACCGCUUCAUGAUGAUUUUGUUUUUCAUAGGAUUGCUUCUGAUGCUACUCCUGCAGAUGGUGGCAGGUUUUCUAGGAGUUACUCACAAAUAUAAGAUUGAACAUGCUAUGAAUGAGUCUCUCCCUGGUAAUUUAAAUCUUUUGACUUCCACAGAUGAAAAAGGAAAAACAUUCCAAAAAGCCCUUUUUAAAAAGCAAGACAAGUUAAAGUGCUGUGGUUUGGUCAAUGGAGCUUCUGAUUGGGGAAAUAAUUUUCAAUACUUUUCCACAUCAUGUGAAUGUCCAAGUGCAUCAGAUUCUUCUUGUACAAGUUAUAAUGGAAAAACUAUUUACAAACAGCCAUGCUUUUCUUUGAUAAACAACUUAGUUUCAAAACGUUUCUCGAUAGUUAUUGGACUAGCAUUUGGAGUGGCAGCUGUUGAGAUGCUUGGUCUGUUACUUUAUGUUGUCCUAUACUGCCAGACUAGGAAGACAUAAAUCUGUGGAUGUGUCAAGCCAUCAUCAGUCAAACCCUGUGAAAAUUUUGCCUUGGAUUUGUAACUUUAAAUAUAUGAGUACUGUCUUAGGAGCAGCUGUCCUAUUUAAAUGUGUCAUUUAACUGGAUUAUAGAUAUCUUCCAGUCAUAUUGAACAUAUUUAAGAUUUCAGGGACACAAGGAAAUACAUGAAUGUGCAUUUUCCCUCAAAACAGAAGUAACAUUGUUGACACUGGAGCUUUUUCCUGUCUGAUCACUGCACUCAGGUGGUACUGUGCUUAAAACGUUCGUCUGGAGCCACCCAGUGGAGUAAUAAUCUUCAUCUCUAAGUAACAGGGCCAUAGUUAGAUACUCUAGGCUUUUCAUCACUCUCUUUAUGUGAUGGAUCAACCACUGGUGGUAAGAUUGAAUUAAGCCUUUUGUUGGAAGACUGAGAGUAGCCCAGUUAAAUGAGUCACCAUCACAUGUCUAUUUACACCCAUGUCUCCUAGUGAUAGCUCUUUUUCUCUCUGUUGUGAGGACAAGAAGAUCUGAAUGCUAUCUUUCCAGCCACUGAAUCUCUGGUAGUCUCUGGAUCUUCCUCUGGGACAUUGCUGGGAGGAAACCAGAGCCUCAUGAGAUUGCAUUUUCUUGGGUCACGCAGAGGGUGUUAGGAAAAAAGCUGGGGGCCCUACAGCAUGAUAUGAAUAUUUGAUUGCGAUCCAGACAAAUGAAUGUCUAGUAUUUUGAGCAUCUUGCUUAAAAGGAGGUACUUUGGGGCAGAAGGACAUGUGCACAAUCUGGUCUUCCACCUGGCUACUGAGAGAGGAUCCUCUCUGACCAGUUAGAACAUUGCAUGGUGAUGGGUUCAGAGAUGGGCCCAGUACCCAAGCCAGUCCUAUGAAAGAGCAAACUCAAAGGAGGAAAUCUGGAAAUUUUGGCCUGGUAUAAACACAGAGACCAGAUGGCCGACAGAUCUCUCUGGCCUGACUGUGCUUAAUCGUGGUGUCCAUUUCCUGUGCUAAUGCCCAGCUUUGGUGCCAGUCACCUAUUCAUCUCGAAUCAAGAGGCAUCAUCUGGAGUUCCCGUCGUGGCGCAGUGAUUAACGAAUCCGACCAGG